GGGCUGAGGCGGGUGGGAGCCGAAGCGGAGCGCGGGCUGAGAGAAGCGACUGGCGAGCGGCGCGGGACUCGGAGCCUCUUGCACUUUUUUCCUCCCGAGUGUUCCCUCCCACCCCUCCCACUCCACACACACCCUGUUUGCCCGUGAGCCUGGGGAACUUGCAGCUUAAAGCCAGCCACCCCCACGGCAACAUGUACCCCAGCAACAAGAAGAAAAAGGUGUGGAGAGAGGAGAAAGAACGUUUACUGAAGAUGACCUUAGAGGAGAGACGCAAAGAAUACAUAAGGGACUAUGUUCCCCUGAACACCAUCCUAUCGUGGAAGGAAGAGAUGAAGGGCAAGAGCCAAAAUGAUGAAGAAAAUACUCAGGAAACAUCACAGGUGAAGAAAAGUUUGAGUGAAAAAGUUUCUCUCUAUAGAGGUGACAUCACAUUGCUAGAGGUAGAUGCUAUAGUCAAUGCGGCAAAUGCCAGUCUUCUUGGAGGAGGAGGUGGUAAGUCCUGA